AUGAAGGUAUCGCUGAAUAUUGUCACACCCCUGCUGGUCUUGAGUUCUGUUGUAUCAGGUAGCCUAUCGGGAUACGGUAUCUGCCAGGCAGGAUGUGCAGGUAUCGAUUUACAUGAGGAGCCACUAUGGGUGCAACUGCACCUGCAACCAUACUUGCCUGUAAUUUGGACUCAUCAUUUGGAGCCUGCCAAUCUGCUUGUGUAUAUGUAUUGUUGA